UUUCCCCUCCUGGAUUCCCACCUCUUGAUCCCUGCCCUAGGGCUUGUCUUUCUUAUAAAAAAAAUGUUUUUUCUUUUGCUAUUCUUGGUGUUCUGGUGAGGGUUUUGCGAUGGGAUCUUAGUUAGGGUUUUGAUUUCAAUGUUACGGGGGUUCGCGGGGCGUUGGUGGGAAGGGAGAUCCUCGUGUGAUCUUGGUGUUUGGAGGCUGUCAGGGGUUAUGACUGUUUCAAUUCGUGGGGAGGAUCACGCAAUGUGUUAUCUUCUGGUGGGACUAGCUGAUGAAUUUUGACGAGGUUCGGCUGUAGGUAUUACAAUGAAAAAGUAAGAUGAUCCCGGAUUAUGAUGAGGAUGUUGGUGAUGCUCUUUCCACACAUCUGUUUAUGAGGGUCGAAUUUGAUAGUCUUCACAUCAUUCGCAAAGUGGAUUUAAUAAUUUUUCUAGUAAUUUAUCAUUCUUGAAGAACAUUUUGAGUUUGGUGCGGCUGAAUGGGUUCAUAGAGAUGCAAUUUCAGUGUUUCAUGAUCUACUUUAUGGAGAAAAGUAUGUAAAUUUUGCAAAUGUAUUAUGGGGGACAGCCUUUUGAGAAAGUCUCCUACUCAAUAUUUUUAAAGUCUAUGUAGCUCAUGCUGCAAUUUUUGCUUAUGUAUGGGCAUGUAGUAUGUUGGAAUCUUUUUUCCCUAUUAUUAAUUGGAGCCUUUUGUAGUCUUGUGUCCGGUUUGCAUGAGAAUAUGAUUCUUUUGCUGGAGUGUCUAGGAAGAAUUGGACACGUGAAAAGUAAAUAAUAUUAGCGUUUCUAAGCAUCUCAAUCUUAUUGCCUCAUGUUUUUGAAUUUUGGAGUCUGUAUGGCUACUUAUGCUUAUGAUGAAAUUAAGCAGCAUGCCACAUAUCUCCAAGGUUGAUGCUUACUUAUCUUUUGGUUCUCUGUAAUGAUAUAACUUGCUUAACUCUUUGGUGAUAUGAGACUUGGCUUGGAAGCUUGCGACUGGAAAAAUGUAACCGAAUCCCGCAUGUAGCAAUACAAGCUAUUUAGGAGCACUGUCAUGAAGUUCCAUAGGAGGUGCAAGUACCGCUGCAAGCUGCUAUUUUGGUCUUAAAAGGCUGCAACCUAGUUCAGCUUCUCUGAGUUUGAACUCAACCCUGCCGGAACGUUGCAUGGUGGGAUCUCCUUGAGCACCUACACAAUCUUAAGUUUCCUUUUUUAUCAGAUCAUAGCCAUAUUUUUACAUCUACAACUCGCUGUCUCGGUUGUGAUGCCAAGUUCUAAUUGUUACGCACUUGACAACAGCAGCCGGCUUGUUGAUUUUACAGACUGGAUAGGCCAUGUCUUUGAGUAUGAAGGGAAGGAUGCUGAUUUGGUUGUCCGGUUCUGUAAGGAUGUGGAGAGCCGAUCUCAAGCGGGGUAUGUUGAUUUUGGCCGUUAUGCAACUUUCCACCACUUUGUAGCUGGUUUAGGGCCUGUGGACUUUGUUCAGGGAUUCUACAAUGGGGACCUAAUAAAUUGUGAAUAUACAUUUGACAAAAUGGGCCGCACAGCAAAGGUAAACAUUAUAUGCGGAAAUUGCUCUAAUAGAGCAUGUAAAGGUGAACUUGGCUGCAUAUGCAAUGUAACCUAUGAUAAGACAAUGUGCAGGGUUCUUGUGGAACUUGCAAUUCCAUGUGUCAAACAUGGUUCCCGAGUAUUUAAGGGUUUUACCGUUGGGUUUCAUCCUCGAUCAUGGGAAGUUGUUUACAAUGGAAUGACUCAACUAGGUUUCGAGAAACCUCAUCAUGAAUUCAGUUUUGGAACAGAGCAGACCCAUGUAUCUCUUUAUCUAACUGCGGUAUCUGCUCUUUCGGGUCUUGUCAGGAAACCAGUUUUGAAGGUUUACCCAGACAAAGGUUUAGAGGCAAGGUUGUCAGGCUCAGCAGCAAGUGGCAGUGCCCCAACAACUUUGUCUCCGACUAUUCUGAACAUAGACUGGAGAUGUGAAAUAGCUCGCAGCACUCCUUAUGAAAUAAACAUAUCUAUCCCGGUGGAGGAUUAUGAUCCUAUUGAGUUCACUCUCACUAAGUUAUGUGAUUAUAAGCAGGGGAGAGAAGGUGAAGCUACAAGAGGUUGGGCCAUGUUUGGAGUUCUUUGUUGCAUCUUCAUUGUUUUGUUGAGUAUAUUUUGCUGUGGAGGAUUUAUCUACAAGACACGCAUAGAACAUCAGCAUGGUCUUGAUGCCUUGCCUGGAAUGACCAUUCUAUCUGCCUGUUUGGAAGCUGUGUCUGGACCACAGGGCUACAGACUAGGAGAGGAUGUCAGUGCUAAUUUCAUAAACCAAGCAUCUUGGGAACGUGCAUCUGGUUCUGCACAGGGAACACAAAAGACAGUUGAGAGGAGAUACGGGUCAAUCUGAUAGAGUAUAUGCAUUAAUUCUGUUCAAAACAUCUACUGGAUGAGAUGGAUGGUGUUGGAAGUUGGACCCUAUUUUUCCCAUCUUCAGAUGAUCAAAGCUCACACUCAUAUAUAUAUAUAUAUAUAUAUAUAUAUAUGAGGGUGAAAGUUCACUGGAAUUUGUUCUAUCUACUCCCAGAGUACAAGCAGGUUACAAAGACAAAAAAAAUGAAACGAUUCAGAAUCUUUUCCCACCAACACUUGUAUGGAGUCGGAAGGUGAUGCUAAUUUUGUGAACCGUCUGUAAGCUCUGCUCCUCUGGUGGUCAUUUCAUGUGAGAUACAGGCCAUGUCAGAGGGAAAGAGGCAAAUUGUUGUAGGAAGUGAGCCAGACUAAUUGCUGUCAUGAGAUUAAGAUAUUGGUCUGUACCAGUCUACCAGAGAACGGGUCUGAAUUUAAUGGAUCCAAAAAAUGGGAACUUUUGAUGGACUAGUCAUGUGAUUGCAUAGGAUUUGUUGUUUUCUGUUCUUGUGAGCUAUUAUGUCGACUUUGGUCGGUUUAAAUGGAUUCCAUCUGCUC